CGCGGUGGUGUGAGACCUGCGAGGAGCGCCGCCUCCCACAUUCCGCAUGUUCCCUCUGAAUCUUCUGGGUGUUGGACUGCAGGAGAUUACAGUAGUUACCAUACCAUCACCUCGCAACUGAAGAUUAACUUAACUGCGGAUUUUUUCCUUUAUUGUGGGCUGUUCUUUAGAGGUGCUGUCCUAAGAUCUACUCUUUUCACCGAGCUACACCAGGGCUGUUCACCAUGUUCAGGAUAUGCCUGUGUCUAAGCGUGGUCAUUAACUCCAUUCUUUCCCAGGAGGCUGAAGACCCGGUCUCUUACACGUGCACAGAUGGCUACGAAUUUGAACCUCAAAGGCAAGUGUGCAAAGACAUUGACGAGUGUGCCAUCCUGCCUGACGCUUGCAAGGGCGGCAUGCAGUGCACAAACCACUUUGGCGGCUACCUCUGCCUUCCUCCCAAUGCGCAAAUCUUUGUCAACAAUGGAGAGGAGAGUCAUGAACAGGCUGCAGAGCGUGUCAAUUCUCCCCCGGUCCCACCCAGGCACCGGGUUUACCAAAACGUGGUCCAAAACAUGCAUUGCAACCCCGGCUUUGUUCCUGAUGAGCAGAACUUUUGCAGAGAUGUGAACGAAUGUGAGGUCAGCAAUCCGUGCCAGCACCAGUGCUACAACACCAUGGGAUCCUUCCUGUGCAUCUGCGAACCUGGAUACGAGCUGGCUUCCAACAUGGUCUCCUGCCACGAUAUUGACGAGUGCAGCUUAUCCAGUUACACAUGCCAGUAUCAGUGUGUGAACCAGCCCGGGACAUACGUCUGCACAUGCCCAGAAGGAUACCGGGGAUCAAGAAUGUGUCAAGACAUCAACGAGUGUGAAACAGGACACGAGUGUGAAGACGAUCAGAGGUGCUGGAAUUACAAUAGUGGAUACCGCUGUUACCCCAGAAACCCCUGUCAUGAGCCCUACGUCAGGACAGCAGAAAACCGCUGCAGCUGCCAGUCACCGACGCUCUGUCAUGGGCUUCCAACUUCCAUUGUCUACAAAUACAUGAGCGUCCUGUCCGACCGAACUGUGCCAGCAGACAUUUUUCAAAUUCAGGCUACUACCUUCUAUACCAAUGCAAUCAACACCUUCCGGAUCAAGUCGGGCAACGAGGGCAGAGAGUUCUUCAUGAGGCGCACGAACAAUGUGAGCGCCAUGCUGGUGCUGACCAAGCCCCUGACGGGUCCACGGGAACACAUUGUGGACUUGGAGAUGGUGACCCACAAUGUGAUGAACUACCGCUCCAGUUCUUUGCUGAGACUCACCAUCAUCGUGAGCCCUUACUCCUUCUAGCCCUGUUUACCAGAUCCAGCAGUAUAGCUCGAUCACAUUGACCUACGUGUCUCUAUCAAAUAGACCAGUGUUUCCCAAUCCGUUUACUGGGGAUCUGCAGACAGUUCAUGUUUUUGCUCCCCCCCCAGCACCCAGUAGCAAAAAUAUAGACUGUCUGGCAUGGAGCUGGGAGGGAGCAAAAACAUGGCCCAGCUAGUGGUCCCUGAGGACUGGGUUGGCAAACACUGAUAUAGACCAUCAUAGCCACUUAGCACGGUCAUGGCUUAGGUCCAUUAUCAACCGAAUAUGAACAGCUUGCUUUGUUUUUCGAGAAGUGCUGCUGUAUUUAAGGUCAAUAUUACAGGACAGCAGCUCUUAUUUCUCCUUCUCUGUACUAUUUCAGCUUAGAAGAGGCAAUGAAGUAGUGGCUGCCAGCCUCGUUUUAAUUAGGCCCACUAAAAAAAAAAAAAUAAUACAAAAGUGACUCAGUGAGAUUCUCAGCUGAGGCUCUGUACAGCAACCAAGAAGAUUUUUUUAACGAUUAAAGAAAUGAUCUUCGUCUCACAUUACCUUUAUAUGUACAUCUGUUUGUUUUUUAUUAUUUGUUUAUUGGUCAAGGCAGCAGUGGAGUAACUGACCUAUAGAGGAGUGUUUUGAGGAGAAGAGGAGAUUAAGUGCUUAACAACAGUUGUAAUGUAAUGCUGUAAUGAGAGGGUCAGAGGUUCAGAGUUUGCCGUCACAGCAAAUGAAUUGUGCCAGUAUAGCAUCAACCAGCCAUUUCUGGCAGGAAAACUGUUCCUUGCUCUGUGGCCUGCAGUUUAGAGACAGGAUAAAGUCACUUGGUGAGACAGGAAUGGAACUGAAACGCUAUGCCACUUUUCCGAAUGGAAAUUUUAAAUCAUCUACUUGUAUUUCUGAAUACAGUUCUAUAAGAAGGCAGAGAGUAUUUCUGUUUGAACACAAAAGUAACAUGCUGUUUUUAAGUAAUUUGUAAAAAAAAAUAACCAGGUUUUUGAUGCUUUGAACUGGUGUCUACAAAUAAUUAUCCAGUAUUUUUUGUGUUUUUUUCUUGUUUUUUUAAUGUAACACUUUGCAUUUACUGCACCUUGAUAAUGCAUUCGUUAAGCAUUCAUAGAACAUUCAUAAGCAGCAUGUAGGUAUACCUUAACAUCUUAACUUACCUUAACAGCUUUAAAAUACAUUAAUAACAAACAUUAAUAACAUUGUAUGGUAAUAAAUAUUGCAAUCUAUAGUCAUAUAAUGUUAUUUAAUGUAUAUUAAUAGCUGUUAAAGUAUGUUAGGAUGUUAAGGUAUACUUACAUGCCGCUUAUAAAUGCAUUAUGAAGGUGCAUGGAAUGUUCCAUGAUUGUAUAAUGAACACAUUAUGAAGCUGCAGUUAAUAUACAGCUUUAUUUUUUUCAUUCUUCACAAAUAUAAGAUAAAUAUUCUAGCCCCCUCUGUUGUAUUUGCAAUAAAACCGCUGUUUUUAAAUUUUUUAAAUGAUGCAACAGCACAUAAGAUAUGGAUUAUUAAAGCCUGGCACAGAAGAAAUAAAGUUGUCCAACUGUAAACUUUUAUAAGAAAAUACACUGACAUCCUAUUGUUUUUCUAUUUAAAACUAUCCAGAAAAUGUUACUUUGUGCACAAAAAAGUUUGUAAGAAAAUAAAGGUGGAACUGAA